CAGUGUUACUCAGAGUAAAAUCCAAAGUUCUUAUCAUAGCCUCCAAGGCCCUGUGUGAUAUGAGCCUCAGCUAAUUCUCCAGUCUCGUUUCAUUCCACUCCUAGCACCCUGCGCUUCAGCCACACUGACGUUAUUUCUAUUCCUGAAACAUGCCGAGAUUAUUUUUGUUUUAGGGCUUUUGAACUGGCUGUUUUCUUUAUCCAGAAUUCCCUUUCCAGCUCUUUUUUUUGCUGCUCCUCCUGGAUGUUCAGGUAUCCUACAUGCUAACCUGUUGCCAUGUGUCAGAGUAAAACUGCUCCAUAGUGUUUUCUUUCAAUUACUGACUUUUUGAAGAUAGAUUGCCGGGCCUUUCUUUCUGGAUGCCUCUGGGUGGGUUCAGAUCACCAGCUUUUCAGUUAGUAGCGGAGUGCCUUAACCAUUAACCAUUUGCACUGUCCUGUGUGUCACUCCUAGCUUCUAUGACGGCCCUGUCUAAAGUAACUUAUCAUUCUUUAUCAUAUCACAGAGUUUUAUUUUCAUUAUAGCAUUAUCACCCUCUGGAGUAAUUUGAGGUAGAGAAUAGAAUACUAGAUAAGAGGCAGUUCACCAGACUAGCCAUACUGAUAUUGGUAUAGAAAAGAAGGGGUAGAUGUGAGAGACAUUACAGAUCAAAUCACCUGGGAUUGUUGGCAGAGGGCAUGUUAAAGAGUAAGAAAAAAGGGAUGUUUUGAACUGGGUAACUCAAGGAAGAAUGAUGAAGUAAAUAAAAAUACAAGUGUUCAUUCAGUUGGUCAACAAAUAUGGCAUACAGCUUGUUCUAGGCAUUGAGGAUUCCAUGAUAAUUAAGGAGACAAAAUCUGUUCUUGUGGCGCUUACGUUCUUGGGUGGGGGAGUCAGAUAAGCAUAUACACAAGAAAAUAUCCUCCUUAAGGAGGUAGCAUGUCCCUCAGAUCUGAGGGGAACAGCAACCGCAAAUGUCCUAAGGCAAGAACAAAUCCGGCAAUUCCCUUCCUUGAUAUGAUCUUACCCAAGAUUAGUAGUUCCUAAACUUUUGAGUCCUCCAGAAUCACACAGAGGGCUUGUUUCUGGGCUGAACCCUAGAGUUUCCGAGUCAGUAGUAGGUCUGGGAGUGGAGCCUGAAAACCUGCAUUUCUGACAAGUUCCCAAGUCAUGCUGAUCCUGCUGCCAGGGACCAUAUCUUGAGAACUACUGACCUGGAUCUCAUCAUGGUUGGGUUUCUUGACAUUCAUUUGCUUAAAUAUGAACUCUUCACAAAGGCCUUUCCCUGACCACCAAAUCUAGAGUAGUUCCACCAAAUUUUCCUUAUAACAGUGCUUUUAUUUUUUUCAAAACUUUUGUCUUUCACUGACAGGAUCAGAGAUGUGAAUUUAGGAGUCUGACUAGACAUUUGUAUAGAGAUGACAGUGGAAUCUCAGAAAUUAAGGUUUCCAGGGUUGAAGAGUAGAGGGCUGAGAACUGAGCCUUAGCUGUUGGUGAUAACUAGUAUUUAUUGAAUACUUUUAUUGUGUGUCAGGCACUGUUCUAAUAAUUUUCUAUGUGUUGCUCAUGUAAUCAUCACAACAGCUCUACUAUUAUUACCCCCAUUUUAAGCCACCACCCCCCCCCAAAAAAAAACCCCACUGCUGGCAAGUCAAUUUCAACUCAUAGUGACCCUAUAGGACAGGGUAGAACUGCCCCAUAGGGUUUCCAAGGCUGUAAAUCUUUGUGAAAGCCUACUGCCACAUCUUUCUUCCGUGGAGCAGCUGCUGGGUUUGAACCACUGACCUUUCAGUUAGCAGCCGAGUACUUAACCACUGUACUACUAGGGCUCCUUUUAACCCAUUUUACAGACAAGAAAACCAAAGUACAGAUAAGUUAAUUAACUUGUUGAAGGUCACACAGCUAGUAAGUGGCAGAGCCAGAAUUUUAAGCCAGGAAGUAUGACUUCAGAGACUGUGCUCUUAAAACAGGCUGUUCUCCUUCUCAGGAAAACUCCAUUUGGGGAUUUGUUUCUUAAGAAAAGUAGAAGUGGCAAAUGAAAAGAAGCCAGGAAGGGGAGUCUGUGAUAGCAGACUUUGAAGGAGGAUGUUGGGUCCUGGGGACUUCACAUUUUUGUUUUAUCAAUUACUUUAAAAAUUAGAUGUUCCUAGAACACAUUUUCAUUGUCAGAGACCCCUUCUUAGCACCCUCAGUGGAACAGCACUUCUUCCUCCACCCCCAUCACUGUGUAGACCUGUACCCUGUUUUAUUUUCUUCAUAGCAUUUACCAAUCCCUGAUAUAAGUAUUUAUGUGUUCUUUUUUAUUGUUGGUCUCUGCCCAUUAGCUUGGGUGUUUCCUGACUGCAGAACUUUUCACAUGCCUGGCAUAUAGUAAGUGCUCAAUAUUGAUUUAAUGAUGAAUAUAUUUAAUGCUCGAGUAUAUUCUGCUUUGACUUGUUGUUUAAUAUUUCAGAGUUUAAAUUUACUCUCCAUAAGUUUGAAGUUCUUUAAGGAUCCUGGCCUAUGAUGCUAGGCAUUUACUGGGUAUAACUAAACAUAAAAUAAUGAAAUUUUUAUAUGAUCUAAUACCAUCAUUCUCAUUACUGUGUGAUCCUAUUAAAUAACUAGAGACCAGAUUUGUCUGGCCCAGGGAAGCAUGGCAGUCACAAAGAAUGUCAAUAAGUAUUGCAUUUGCUUGGAUCUGCUUAAAUUAGAUGGCUUAACACGUUAGAACAUUUCUAUAUUGUGCAGACUGCAAGAUGAACAUUACUCCUGAAAACAGCUGGUACUGUCGUCACUUGAACAGACAUUAAACUAUUUAAAUCAGAGUUUGAUUUGGCUAGAGCCACAAAGAGAGUAAUGGAAUGAUGCCAGAAUAAAAGUGUGAACCAUUUGGAAGGGUGGGAUUUAAGUAGAACUUGGCGCAUGCAAAAAAAAAAAAAAAAACCUGGAGAUGGUCUUAUGCUAUUGGUUGAUACUGUUGUAUUACUUAAAAAAAAUUAGUAAAUUUUUGGCUCAGCUUUGUACCUCUUUAACAUGCUAACAAUUAGAGUUGUUUUUAAGACUUGUAAAUUGUGUGUCAAUAUUGUAUAUGAGAUCAAAGUUUCAAACUUGCUAUUAAAAGCUGCGGUUAUCUUGUAUACCAGUUAAUUAACCAUGAUUUACUGUGCACCCUAUUAAGAAGGGAAUUUUAGCAUCCUCAUAGAUAGAAAGUGUAUUUUGGAGUGAAUAGAUAUAUAAUUUGCAUUUAACAGACCAUGUUUUAUUUAGAGAAAUUGAAGAAGGUAGUAAACCAAGGGGUACUGAGUUUGUUUGGGGUGAUGAAAAACUUUUGGAAAGAGUGGUGGUAAUUGCACAACAUGGUGAAUGUAAUUAAUGUCACUGAAUUGUACACUUAAAAAUGGUUAAAAUGGUAACAUUUUUGUUAUAUAUACUUUACCAAAAUAAAAUUUAAAGAAAGAUAGUAAGCUUGUAAAUUGUCAUUUGAAUAAUAUUUUAUGAAAUCUUUUAAAAAAUAUAUACCCCUUUUUUUUCUCUAGAAUUCGUUAUAAUUUCUUCCUCUGUGUUAACCUCUGUUAUGAACCAGGAAUUGGCCACCUAAAUGUUGAUUUUCUCUCUGAGAAAAAACACUUCUAUUAUGGAAAUUUUCAAAUGUAAACAAACUUGGAGGUAAUGGUAUGAUGAAAUCCCUGUGUAUCUGUUACUCAGCUUUAACAAUUUUGACACAUGGUCAUUCUUGUUUCCUCACUUACUCCCAUGUAUUAUUUUAAACAAAUUUCAGGCCACAUCCCUCUUUCAUCAUAGUAUGUGUCUACAAGAUAAAAACUUAAAAGCUUUUUAACAUAACCAUAUAUUUAACCAAAUAACUCAAAAAAGGUGAAUUGUGGCACCACUAGGGGGGUGUGGGGGUGCAGAGCACACUGUGUGAUACUGUGGGGCGGAGGGGAUGAGGAGGUGACACCAAAACGACCGUCUAUGAAGUUUUUGUGCAGUGCUUCAGCAGACAUGUCUUGUUUUUUAUAAAAAUAUCCCUGUAGUUAACAACAACAAAUUUUAUAAUUUCAGCUUACAUGUACCAAUAUAUCUACGAGGCUAAAAAUCUAUGCUGAUUUACUUUUUGAACCUUCUAAUGAGUUUCCGUCCGAGCUGCCAUUACCCAGUUACAACGGUGCUUUGAAUCAUGUGGUUUCCUCUGCAUGCACUCCAAGCUCAUGGUGUUGUUUUCAUGCUGCCCUUGUUUUUAUAAAAACUGAUUUUACUGAUUUUGUCAAACUUUCUGGUGUUUUAGCUACAAUAUUGUGGUAAUUAGCAUGGAGGCGGUGACACCAACCCUAGUGACAUCACUGAACUGUUGUAACGAAUGUGUAUCUUUAGACAUACUUCCUUACCUAAUGCCAGUAGUCCUAAACCAUGCUAAUAAUAGUGAACAACCAGUUUCUCAAAUAAGGAAGAAAAUUUAAUUUGAUAAAGGAAAGACUAGGCCACAAACAAUAAGAAGAUACACUGAAGAAGCUAAACUAAAACUGGUGUAAUAGAUUGCUUUUAUAUGGCCUUUCUCACCAUGGUCUUGUAACUCACACCAAAUGAUUGGGUGGGAUCAUGCAAAUAAGGUGUAUGGAACUCUAAUGAGGCUAUUGGUCAGUUUUGCCAUCCCACUAGGCUUAAAAUGAGCCAUCCCAGACUUGAAACAGGAGAGCCUCACUAUUACCAAGAAAGAAGAGCCGGAAGUGAAGUGUGUCCUUUUGACCCAGAGUCCCUGCACUGAGAACCUCUUAGACCAAGGAGACAGAGAGAUGUAACACCACAGAUGGUGCAGAAUGGUGAGAAGCAGCAGCAAGUGUGGCAGAGAGCUAGCAGCAGCAGAACCAGGAGACUGGCAGGAGACAGCAUGAUCGGUUUCCCAGCCAUGGAGCAAGGCGGUUACAGUGGAUACGAGAUGAGUACCUUUGGGUAGGAGGCUUCCUGGCAGAGUGGGGUGCCCCUGGACACUUGUCAGUGGAACUAGGUUUGCCAUCCCACGGAGUGAAAGAGCUAAGCGCCUUCAGGCCAAGGUUUACUAGUGGAGUGGGGCACAGCCAUGUACUUGGUGGAGCUAAAGAACUUGGUAACACUUGCCCAAGCAGGGUGGAGGCUGGGCCAAGGGCCAGAGAGAGGCCUGCCUGGUGGCAACAGCUGAGAAGAGGCUGUGCUGAUUGAAGAACUGUAUCCUGAAUUGUAACCUGUUACUUCCCUAAUAAACCCCAUAAUCACGACUAUGGUCUGUGAGUUCUGUGUGGACACUGCAACGAAUUAAUGAACCCAGCAGAGAAGUAGAGAGUGCCAGGGGAGGGACACCUUGUGUCAGGACUGGUAAAAAGGUUGGAGGGUAGAGGUAUGUCUGACCUCCACCUCAUAGGAAGCAGCUUGGGGCUGUUAAUGCUGAUAAUGACUCUCCUUCCCUCUUGUGAAAUUAGACGAGGAGAUCUGAUGCUGCUACCAUGCCAUUACUGCAUAUAGUAAUUCAAUGCUUAACAUUUUGAGAAACUGCCAAACUGUUCUCCAAAUUAGCAGCACUGUAUUAUAUUCCCACUUAUAAUUUAGGGGGUUUCCAUUUCUCUACAUCCUUGUCAAUACUUGUAAUUGUGUCAUGUAAGCCAUUCAUAUCCUGAAAAGUUCACCACCAUAUUUAUGCCUAGGUCUGUCUCUUCUCCCAUGAUUUUCUGUAUAGUCAGGUUCAAGCGAAGGGAAGUAUCUUUUUUUUUUUUUUAUUGUGCUUUAAGUGAAAGUUUACAAAUCAAGUCAGUCUCUCAUACAAAAAUUUAUAUACACUUUGCUAUAUACUCCUAGUUGUGCUCCCCCAAUAAGACAGCACACUCCUUCUCUCCACCCUCUGUUUUCAUGUCCAUUCAGCCAGCUUCUGUCCCCCUCUGACUUCUCAUCUCCCCUCCAGACAGAAGUUGCCCACGCAGUCUCAUGUGUCUACUUGAUGCAAGAAGCUCAGUCUUCACCAGUAUCAUUUCCUAUCCUAUAGUCCAGUCCAAUCCCUGUCUGAAGAGUUGGCUUUGGGAAUGGUUCCUGUCUUGGGCUAACAGAAGAUCUGGGGACUGUGACCUCUGGGGUCCUUCUAGUCUCACUCAGACCAUUGAGUCUGGUCUUUUUAUGAGAAUUUGAGGUCUGCAUCCACUGCUUUUCUGCUCCAUCAGGGGUUCUCUAUUGUGUUCCCAUCAGGGCAGUCAUCGGUUGUAGCCGGGCACCAUCUAGUUCUUCUGGUCUCAGGAUGAUGUAGUCUCUGGUUUAUGUGGCCCUUUCUGUCUCUUGGGCUCAUAAUCACCUUGUGUCUUUGGUGUUCUUCAUUCUCCUUUGCUCCAGAUGGGCUGAGACCAAUUGACGCAUCUUACAUGGCCGCUUGCUAGUGUUUAAGACCCCAGAUGCCACUCUCUGAAGUGGGAUGGAGAAUGUUUUCUUAAUAGAUUUUAUUAUGCCAAUUGACCAAGAUGUCCCUGAAACCAUGGUCCCCAAACUCCUGCCCCUGCUAUGCUGGCCUUCAGAGCGUUUGGUUUAUUCAGGAAACUUCUUGGCUUUUGGUUAAGUCCAGUUGUGCUGAUCUCUCCUGUACUGUGUGUUGUCUUUCCCUUCACCUAAAAUAGUUGUCUACUAUCUAAUUAGUGAAUACCCCUCUCCCUCCCCACUCUCUUAACCAUCAAAGAAUAUUUUCUUCUCUGUUUAAACUAUUUCUUGAGUUCUUGUAAUAGUAGUCUCAUGCAAUAUUUGUCCUUUUGCAACUGACUAAUUUCUCUCAGCAUAAUGCCUUCCAGAUUCCUCCAUGUUAUGAAAUGUUUCGCAUAUUUAUCAUUGUUCUUUAUCGAUGUGUAGUAUUCUGUUGUGCAAAUAUACUGUAAUUUAUUUCUCCUUUCAUCCAUUGAUGGGCACUUUGGUUGCUUCCGUCUUUUUGCUAUUGUAAACAGUGCUGCAGUGAACAUUGGUGUGCAUAUAUCUGUUCAUGUAAAGGCUCUUAUUUCUUUAGGAUAUAUUCCAAGGAGCAGGAUUGCCGAUCGGAUGGUAGUUCUAUUUCUAGCUUUUUAAGGAAGCGCCAAAUCGAUUUCCAAAGUGGUUGUACCAUUUUACAUUCCCACCAGCGGUGUAUAAGUGUUCCAGUCUCUCUACAGCCUCUCCAACAUUUAUUAUUUUGUGUUUUUGGAUUAAUGCCAGCCAGCCUUGUUGGAGUGAGAUGGCAUCUCAUUGUAGUUUGGAUUUGCAUUUCUCUAAUGGCUAAUGAUUGUGAGCUUUUCCUCAUAUAUCUUUUAGCUACCUGAAUGUCAUCUUUAUUGAAGUGCCUGUUCAUGUCCAUUGCCCAUUUUUUCAUUGGGUUAUUUGGCUUUUUGUUGUUGAGUUUUUGCAGUAUCAUGUAGAUUUUAGAGAUCAGGCGCUGAUUGGAAAUGUCAUAGCUAAAAGGUUUUUCCCAGUCUGUAGAUAAUCUUUUUACUCUUUUGGUGAAGUCUUUGGAUGAGCAUAGGUGUUUGAUUUUUAGGAGCUCCCAGUUAUCUAGUUUCUCUUCUGCACUGUUAGUAAUGUUUUAUAUAGUGUUUAUGCCAUGUAUUAGGGCUCCUAACAUUGCCCCUAUUUUUUCUUCCAUGAUCUUUAUCAUUUUAGAUUUUAUAUUUAGGUCUUUGAUCCAUUUUGAGUUCAUUUUUGUGUAUGGGUCUUGUUUCAUUUUUUUUGCAGAUGGAUCUACAGUUAUGCCAGCACCAUUUGUUAAACAGACUGUCUUUUCCCCAUUUAACUGACUUUGCGCCUUUGUCAAAUAUCAGCUGCUAAUAUGUGGAUGGAUUUAUGUCUGGAUUCUCAAUUCUGUUCCAUUGGUCUAUGUAUCUGUUGUUGUACCAGUACCAGGCUGUUUUGACUACGGUGGUGGUAUAAUAGGUUCCAAAAUCAGGUAGUGUUGAGGUCUCCCACUUUGUUCUUCUUUUUCAGUAAUGCUUUUCUUAUCCAGGGCCUCUUUCCCUUCCAUAUGAAGUUGGUGAUUUGUUUCUCCAACUUAGGAAAAAAUGUCAUUGAAAUUUGGAUCGGAAUUGCAUUGUACCUAUAGAUCGCUUUUGGUAGAAUAGACAUUUUUACAAUGUUAAGUCUUCCUAUCCAUGAGCAAGUUACGUUUUUCCACUUAUGUAGGUCUCUUUUGGUUUCUUGCAGUAGUGUCUUGUACUUUUCUUUGUAUAGGUCUUUUACAGCUGUGGUAAGAUUUAUUCCUAAGUGUUUUAUCUUUUUGGGGGCUACUGUAAAUGGCAUUGAUUUGGUGAUUUCCUCCUCGAUGUUCUUUUUGUUGGUGCAGAGGAAUCCAACUGGUUUUUGUAUGUUUAUUUUGUAUCCUGAUACUCUGCUGAACUCUUCUAUUUCAGUAGUUUUCUUGAGGAUUCCUUAGGGUGUUCUGUGUAUAAGAUCAUGUCAUCUGCAAAUAGAGAUACUUUUACUUCUUCCUUACCAGUCUGGAUGGCCUUUAUUUCUUUAUCUAGCCUAAUUGCUCUGGCUAGGACCUCCAGCAUAAUGUUGAAUAAGAGUGGUGAUAAAGGGCAUCCUUGUCUGGUUCUUGUUCUCAAGGGGAAUGCUUUCAGAUUCUCUCCAUUUAGGGUGAUGUUGGCUGUUGGCUGUUGGCUUUGUAUAAAUGCCCUUUAUUAUGUUGAGAAAUUUUCCUUCUAUUCCUAUUUUGCUGAGAGUUUUUAUCAUGAAUGGGCGUUGGACUUUGUGAGAUGCCUUUUCUGCAUCAAUUGAUAAAACCAUCUGGUUCUUGUCUUUUAUUUAUGUGAUGGAUUACAUUAUUAAUUGUUUUUCUUAUGUUGAACCAUCUCUGUAUACCUGGUAUAAAUCCCACUUGGUCAUGGUGAAUUAUUUUUUUUGAUAUGUUGUUGAAUUCUAUUGGCUAGGAUAUUGUUGAGGAUUUUUGCCUCUAAGUUCAUGAGGGAUAUAGGUCUGUAAUUUUCUUUUUUUUGUUGUGUCUUUACCUUGUUUUGGUAUCAGGGUUAUGCUGGCUUCAUAGAAUGAGUUAGGGAGUAUUCAAUCCUUUUCUAUGCUCUGAAAUACCUAUACUAGUAGUGGUUUUAACUCUUCUCUGAAAGUUUGGUAGCACUCUGCAGUGAAGCUGUCCGGACCAGGGCUAUUUUUUUUGUUGGGAGUUUUUAUAUUACCUUUUCAAUCUCUUCUUUUGUUAUGGGUUUAUUGUUCUACCCCUGUGUUAGUUUAGGUAGGUAGUAUGUUUCUAGAAAUUCAUCCUUUUCUUCUAGGUUUUCAAACUUGUUAGAGUACCAUUUUUCGUAGUAGUCUGAUAUGAUUCUUUUAAUUUCAUUUGGGUCUGUUGUGAUAUUGCCCAUCUCAUUUUUUAUUCAGGUUAUUUGCUUCCUCUCCUGUUUUUCUUUUGUCUGUUUGGCCAGUGGUUUAUCAAUUUUGUUGAUUUUUUUUUUUUUCAAAGAACCAGUUUUCAGUCUGGUUAACUAUUUCAAUUUUUUUUCUGUUCUCUAUUUCAUUUAAUUCUGCCCUAAUCAUUAUUAUUUGCUUUCUUCUGCUGCCUGAGGGUUUUUUUUUGUUGCUCUCUAUUUGUUCAAGUUGUAGGGAUAAUUUUUUUAUUUUGGCCCUUUCUUCUUUUUGUAUGUGUGCGUUUAUUGAUAUAAAUUAACCUCUGAUCACUGCUUUAGCUGUGUUCCAAAGGUUCUGAUAGGAAGUGUUUUCUUUCUCAUUGGAUUCUGUGAAUUUCUUUAUUCCAUCUUUAAUGUCUUCUAUAACCCAGUCCUUUUUGAGCAGGGUAUUGUUCAGUUUCCAAGUGUUUGAUUUCUUUUCCUGUUAUUGAUUUCUACUUUUAUGACCUUAUGGUCAGAGAAGAUGCUUUAUAAUAUUUCGAUGUUUUGAAUUCUGCUAAGGCUUGCUUUAUGAGCUAAUAUGUAGUCUAUUCCAGAGAAUGUUCCAUGUGUGUUGGAAAAGAAAGUAUACUUGGCUGCUAUUGGGUGGAGCUUUCUGUAUAUGUCUUUGAGGUCAAGUUGGUUGAUUGUAGCAUUUAGAUUUUCUGUGUCUUUGUUGAGCUUCUUUCUGGAUGUCUUACGAAAGUGGUAUGUUGAAGUCUCCAACUAUAAUUGUGGAGCUGUCUAUCUCACUUUUCAAUGCUGUUAGUUUUUUUUAUGUAUCUUGCAGCCUUGUCAUUGGGUGUGUAAAUAUUUAAUAUGGUUAUAUCCUCCUGGUAUAUUGUCCCUUUAAGCAUUAUAUAGUGUCCUUCAUUAUCCUUUGUGGUGGAUUUAACUUUAAAGUCUAUUUUGUCAGAAAUUAAUAUUGCCACUCCUGCUCUUUUUUCAUUGUCAUUUGCUUGAUAUAUUUUUUCCAUCCUUUGAGUUUUUGUUUGUUUGUGUCUCUAAGUCUAAGGUGUGUCUCCUGUAAGCUGCAUAUAGAUGGAUCGUGUUUUUUAAUCCAUUCUGCCACUCUCUGUCUCUUUAUUGUUGCAUUUAGUCCAUUUAUGUUCAGCAUAUUAUGGAUAAGUAUAAAUUUAGUGCUGUCAUUUUGAUGCCUUUUUUUUUGUGUUGUUGACAGUUUCUUUUUCACACUUAAUUUUCUGUGCUGAGUAGUUCAUAUAAUGUCUUUUCCUAUUAUUCGUUGUUGUUGAUUUUGUUUCUGCUGAGUCUUUAUUUUUUUCUUGUAUUUUAUUUUGAUGAGUAGGAUUGUUAGUCUCCUUUGUGGUUAAUAUUUACCCCUAUUUUUCUAAGUUUAAACCAAACUUUUAUUUCCUUGUAUCACCUUGUCUUUCUCUCCAUAUGAAAGAUCUAUGACUACAUUUCUCAGUCCCUCUCUAUUUUUUUAAUGUUGUCUUCUUUUAUGUAAUGACAUCGCUGUUUCCCUGUUUUGAGAGGUUUUUUUUUUUAGUCUUGAUUUAUUUUUGUGAUUCCCCUAUCUGGGUUGAUAUCUGGUUGCUGUGUCCCAUGUUCUAGUCUUGGGUUGAUAUCUGAUAUUACUGAUUUUCUAACCAGAGAACUCCCUUUAGUAUUUCUUGUAGGUUUGGUUUGAUUUUUACAAAUUCCCUAAACUUCUCUUUAUCUGGAAAUGUCCUAAUUUCGCAUUUGUAUUUGAGAGACAGUCUUGCUGGAUAUGAUUCUUGGGUGGCAGUUUUUUUCCUUCAGUGCUUUAUAUAAGUCAUCCCAUUGCCUUCUUGCCUGCAUGAUUUCUGUUGAGUAGUCCGAGCUUAUUCUUAUUGACUACUUUGUAGGUUUUCGUUUAUCCUUAGCCUCUCUUAAAAUUCUCUUUAUCUUUCGUUUUGGCAAGUCUGAUCAUGUCUUGGUGACUUCCUUUUGAGAUCUCCCUUUUGUGGAGUUCAGUGAGCAUCUUGGAUAGAUAUGAUGUCAUCUUUCACAAUAUCAGGGAAGUUUUUUGCCAACAAAUCUUCAGUUCUCUCUGUAUUUUCCGUUAUCCCUCUCUGUUCUGGUACUCCAAUCACUCAGAGGUUAUUUCUCUUGAUAGAGUCCCACAAGAUUCUUAGGAUUUCUUCAUUUUUUAAAAAUUCUUUUAUCUGAUUUUUCUUUAAAUGUAUUUGCACCAAGUGUUUUAUCUUCAUUCUCACUAAUUCUGCCUUCUACUUGAUCAGUUCUGCUCCUCUGACUUUCUGUUGAGUUGUCUAAUUCUGUAAUUUUAUCGUUAAUCUUCUGAAUUUCUGAUUGGUGUCUCUCUAUGGAUUCUUGCAGCUUAUUAAAUUUUUCAUUAUGUUCUUGAAUAGCUUUUUUAAUUUCUUCAAGUGCUUUACCUGUGUGUUUCUUGGCUCAUUCUGUAUUUUCCCUGAUCUCGUUCCUGAUGUUUUGAAGAGUUUUGUAUGUUAAUCUUUUGUAUUCUGUAUCUGGUAAUUCCAGGAAGACACCUUCAUCCAGAUCCCUUGAUUCUUUGUUUUGGGAGCUUGUUGAAGCGAUCAUGGUCUGCUUCUUUAUAUGAUAUAUUGACUGUUGUCUCUGAGCCAUCUAUAAGUUCUUGUAUUAGUUUAUUGUAUGUUUUCUUACUGUAUCCUAACUUCCUGCUUGGUUUUGUUUUGAUAUGCCCAAAUAAGCUGCUUGAGUGAGCUAGCUUAUUUUCCCCUUUGAAGCUCUAACCUUCUGUCACCAGAUGGCUAGAGCUGUUAUAAGGUAUAUGAGCCUGGGAGUCCAUUCACUUUUCUUGUGUGGAUUCAGCUCAGGUGUCCAAGUAGCUGGUCAUCAGGUGUGUGGUGUAGGCUCUGUCCUACAGUCUUAGAGGGGCAGGGUGAUUGGUGUGGGUACAGGUAUCAUGGUGCAGCAGGGGGUCACGAUCUGAACAAGGCAGGGGGCUGACAACCAUCCCCCGAGUGUAUAUGAGGAAAGCACGUCCCUCUUCCCUAGAGCGCACAGGUGGGUGGGUCCUGCAGGCAUCACACAAGCACCUAAAGUUCUUGUUUGUAAGGACUGGGAGGUACCACUUAACUUUGGACCCCUGUUGCAGGUGGCUAGGUAACGUGAGUGGAGCCACCAGGCCCUAUGCCUUGAUGUGGGUAGGCCUGUUAAAUAGGCAAAGUGGUGUCAAACAUCAAACACCCACCUCUCCGCCACACAGCUGAAACAGUUGCAGUCUGCCAACAAGGGCCUGUUCUCCUGAAAAGGGCCCACACAGGUCCAUUCCGGGGUGAAAAGUAUUCAAAGUCCAUGGCCCACUUGUGCAUGGACAGGUGCCGCUUCUGUCCAGCUCAGUGGAGUAGGCAGAUUAUCUUUUCCCCCAAUUGUGAAUUUAUUCCUCCUCCAAGGCUGGGAGAAUGGCUCAGGGUGCCCAGCAGGGCUUAUCUUGGGCCCAAGGAAACUGAUAGCCACUGAUGCUGGCUUGGGGGCUGGGGACACGGUAAAAGAAACGCAUGUAUUUAGCUUUUGCCGAGAGUGCUAUUCUUCUCUCGUUCUGGAGGUGUGAGUAGGCUGUGCGGUUCGCUGUCUCUCCCUGAGGAAACCGUGAUUGGAACGCUACCGCCAGCCCUGCCAUGGUCGCUCCAGGGAAUGGUGCCUGAUGGUUCCUGGAGAUUCAGGUCUUUGUUUUAAGAGGGAUCACCGGAAGUGUCUGAUUACUCAGAUAUCUUGGUCCUGCCUCCCAGGAAGUAUCUUUUUACUAUAAAAAACUUUAUUAUUUGUUAUUUUCACUUUUUUAAAAAAACAAGGAAUUAUUCACCAGUUGAUAAGCAACUUAUUAAACUCUAGAUCCCUGAACAUUUUUUAAGGCAGUGUUUUAGUGACACUUAGAGCUACUUGGGUACUAAUAUGUAUGUUGGGGUGUGAUCAUGACAUUGAAGAGUACAUUUGAUUGUAGGAUUCCUCUGCUUUCAAUUUUAAUUUGGAAACUGAGGAAAGUUUCAUAGCAGGUGUUAGUUCUGACAUUUUACCAUUAGGCUGGAGGUACAGUAGACAAUGACAGCCCCAUGUCUAGGCUAUGAUGGGGCAAAACAGAUUAAGUGAGAAAUAGUUCUACAGAAGUAGAGUAAUUUUACUGUCAUUUAUUAUAUUAAUUUAUAAAGGAGGCAGUGCAAGUAUCAGCCUCCUUUUAAAUAUGAAAAAACUGAAACUCUCAAUUAAGUGACUUACUGUGGCUUUUAAGUAAGUAUUUAAUUCAGGAUUGACUUAACUGUGAUUGCUUAUCCCUGUGCUGCAGUCAUUGGCAAGCAGUAGGUUUGUUUUUAAAUCUUUUAUUUUCUUUUGCAAGGAUAAAGCUCAUUUUUUAUGCUAGAGUUUUUUUCUGUUUAAGCCCUGCCUUGCUUCAAAGGAGCCCUGGUGGUGCAGUGGUUAAGAGCUUGGCUGCUGACCAAAAGGUCGGCAGUUCAAAUCCACCAGUCACUCGUUGGAAACUUAGCGGGGCAGUUCUACUCUGUCCUAGAAGGUCGCUAUGAGUCGGAAUCGAUUCAUUGGCAAUGGGUUAGUUUUUUUUGGUUUUCUUUCAAAAGGUACUCACAAUAUUUGGUGUUUCAAAUUGGGGAAAAAGUAUAUGUGUGUAUGCAUGCAAUAAGAGGAGUAGAUGCAUAUUUAAGUUUGGAGAGAAGAUGGAAGCAGUAUGGGAAAUGUUUUUUGGUUUUCCAAAAACAUGAGAGUACAAUAAAUACGUAAGAGGAAAACUCAUGAGUUGAAAAUACGACACUUGUCUUGAACUGACCCCAAAUGGAAAUUCGUUUGUUUCAUAUAAUACUUAGUAAGCACAUUAUUGAUCUAAUGUCACUCCAUGUUCAAAAUCCUUCAAUGCAGUCACAAUAAAAACAUAAAAAAGAAUCAUGUAGACUGACCUUAAAGUCAUAUGUGGGACCUACAUAGAGAAAAUUAGCACUGGGGAUUUUACAAGAAAUUGUUUAUAAAUGGUGAGAUGUUGUAUCAUGCUUAUGAAUGGGAAGCUCAAUAUACAUCUCCUAUAGUAAAUAAAUAUAGAUAUAUAUUAAAAUCAUGACAUGAAUCUGCAUGUGUGCAUAUGUGUGUGUACGUGACAAAGUGAGCUUAGCGUUCAAGCUGAUAUAAUACUUAUUUGAAUAACCAAGAAAAUAGUGAAAAAAGAAGAAUAAUGGGGAGGACUUGUAUUUCUUGAUAUUAAAUGUACUCUAAAGCCACAGUAGUGAAAACAGCGUGUCAUAACUAAAUAGACAUCCAUGAAUGAUAUAGGAAGGCCAAACUAUGUAAAAUUAUCUAGUGUGUUAUGAAGUAGGCAUUUCAAACCAAUAGAGAAAUGAUAUAUGCUUUAAUAAUCUGUAAUAAUUGGUUAAUUACUGAUAAUUAAGUUUAUUCUUUGUAACAGAUACACAAAUACCAAAUGAAUUAAAGAGUUAAAUGUUAAAAAUGAAAUCACCUAAAUUCUAGAAGAAAUAGAGAUGAGGAUUUGUAUUCAUCUUUGGAUGGGUAUGAUAUUUUUAAAUAUGACAUUCAGAGAGGAACCCAUUAGGCAGAAGAGUAGAGAUUUGCCCACAUGAAACUUUAAAAUAGCUCGCUGAAAAACCAUCAUAACAAAGGUAAAGGGUAAAUAAGCUGGGAAGAUAUUUGCUACAUAUAUAACAAAUAAUAUCAUUAAAAAAUAAAGUGCUUUCUUAAAUCAAUAUGAAAAAGUCAAAACACUCCAAAAGAAGAAUGGACAAAGGACAACCUCACCUAGAGCUCAGGUGAUAAAUCUUAGGAAAUAAAAGUACAGCCCCAUGACCCAAAAUUUUAGACUCUUGAUAAAAUUGUUAUACUGUUCCUCAGAAAGGCUAUAAGAAUAUGCCCACUCUUCCACAUCUUCACCAACUUAAACUCACCAACACCAAUGAACUUUUAUUAUUUUUGUUAACCUAAUAAUUUUAAAAGGACUUGAAGCACUCACUAAUGAAGAUCAAAGACCACAGCCUUCAGUAUGGACUGUACAUCAACAUAAAGAAAACAAAAAUCUUCACAACUGGACCAAUGGGCAACAUCAUGAUAAAUGGAGAAAAGAUUGAAGUUGUCAAGGAUUUCAUUUUACUUGGAUCCACAAUCAACACCCAUGGAAGCAGCAAUCAAGAAAUCAAACUACACAUUGCAUUGGAUAAAUCUUCUGCAAAGGACCUCUUUAAAGUGUUGAAAAGCAAAAGAUGUCACCUUGAAGACUAAGGUGCACCUGACCCAAGCCAUGGUAUUUUCAAUCGCAUCAUAUGCAUGUGGUAGCUGGACAAUGAAUAAGGAAGACCGAAGAAGAAUUGAGGCCUUUGAAUUGUGUUGCUGGCAGAAAAUAUUGAAUAUACCAUGGACUGACAAAAGAACAAAUCUGUCUUGGAAGAAGUACAGCCAGAAUGCUCCUUAGAAGCAAGGAUGGCGAGACUGCAUCUUACAUACUUUGGACAUGUUGUCAGGAGGGAUCAGUCCCUGGAUAAGGACAUCAUGCUUGGCAAAGUACAGGGUAGGUAAAAAAGAGGAAGACCCUCAAAGAGGUGGGUUGACACAGUGGCUGCAACAGUGAGCUCAAGCAUAACGAUUGUAAAGAUGCCCCAGGACUGGGCAGUGUUUCAAUCUGUUGUGCGUAGGGUUGUGAUGAGUUGGAACCGACUCAACGGCACCUAACAACAGCAAUUUUAAAAUGAUAUCUCUAAAUUGCAUUUUUAGAUUUAACAUGUCUGUCAUUCGAAUUUCUUUAUUUGGAAAAAGUUAGGAAUCAUUUGCAACUGAGUUUGUUAAAGCCAUGGAAAUGGGUGAAACUGCCCAAGAAGACUGUUGCAAUGAGGAAUGGGCUGAGGACACCAUCAAGGCAGCCACUCCCAGCCCUUCUUCUACCUUGACACACAUGACCAUAUACAUUAUCUAUUUAAAAUGUCAUUGUUGUACAUAUGUGUAGUCUGUUUUCCCCAAAUCUAAUUUACCUUAAUCCUCUUUCCUUGUCAUUAAACAAAUUUAUACUACACCAUCUUUAAAGGCUGCAUGUUGUUGUUAGGUGCCAUUGAGUCAGUUACGACCCCUAACAGCCCUAUGCACAACAGAAUGAAACAUUCCCUGGUCCUGUGCCAUCCUCACAAUUGCUGUCUAUGUUUGAGCCCAUUGUUGUAGCCACUGUGUCAAUUUAUGUCGUUGAGGGUCUUCCUCUUUUUCGCUGAACCUCUACCGUACCAAGCAUGACGUCCUUCUCCAUGGGCUGGUCCAUUCUGAAAACACAUCCAAAGUUUGUGAUACGAAGUUUCUCCAUCCUUGCUUCCAAAGAGCACUCUGACUGUACUUCUGAGACAGAUGUGUUUGUGCUAUAUUCAGUGUUCUUUGCCAAAACCAUAAUUUAAAUUCACCAGUUCUUCAGUCUUCCUUAUUCAUUGUCCAGCUUUUGCGUGUAUAUGAGGCGAUUAUAAUGGCUUGAGUCAGGCGUGUCUUAAUACUCAAAGUGUUAUCUUUGCUUUUCAACACUUUAAAAGAGGUCUUUUGCAGCAUACUAGCCCAAUGCAAUAUGUCGUUUGAUUUUUGGACUGUUGCUUCUGUGGGCAUUGACUGUGGACCCAAGUAAAAUGAAACUCUUGGCAACUUCAGUAUUUUCUCCGUUUAUCAUGAUGUUGCUUAUUGGUCCAGUUGUGAGGAUUUUUGUUUUCUUUAUGUUGAGGUGUAAUCCAUACCGAAGGCUGUAGUCUUUGAUCUUCAUCAGCGCUUCAAGUCCUCUUCGCUUUGAGCAAGCAAGGUUUUGUCAUCCGCAUAUCGCAGGUUAUUAGUAGGUCUCCACCAAUCCUGAUAUAGUCCUGAUAUAAUCUUAUAUAGUCCAGCUUCUCGAGUUAUUUGCUCAGCAUACAGAUUGAAUACAUUUGGUGAAAGGAUACAACUCUGAUGCAUAUCUUUCCCGAUUUUAAACCAUGCAGUAUCCCCUUGUUCUGUUUGAACAACUGCCUCUUGGUCUAUGUACAUGUUCUGCAUGAGCACAAUUAAAUGUCUUGGAAUUCUCAUUCUCUGAAAUGUUAUCUGUAAUUUGUUAUGCUCCACACAGUUGAAUGCCUUUGCAUAGUCAGUAAAACACAUGUAAACAUCUUUCUGGUAUUCUCUGCUUCAAGCCAAGAUUUAUCUGACAUCAGCCGUGAUAUCUCUUGUUCCACAUCCUUUUCUAAAUCCGGCUUGAAUUUCUGGCAGUUCCUUGCUGAUGUACUCCCAUAGCCAUUUUUGAAUUAUCUUCAGCCAAAAAAAAAAAAAAAAAAAGGCUGCAUAAUUACCCUUUAUAUGCAUAUAAUAUACUUAACCAAUUUCCAUCGGUAGACAUUAAAACUGUCUACUGUUGUUUGCUGCUGUAAACAAUGCUUUGAUAAACAUCUUAGAAUACAUAUUUGCACGUAUUUUUCAUUAUUUCCCUAGGAAAAGCUGGGUCACAGGAAUAUUUAAAGCCAUGGAAAGGAUGAAUUCACAUAGGGAUAGGGAAGAGAGAAGUCUCAGGAAUGAAGUUAUAGUAAGAGGUUUUCGGUAGAUGAUCAGGAAAUGGAGAAGACAGAUCAAGAAUGAGUAGCACUAGAAGACAGCAAUAUCAGAGAAGCCAAGAAAAGAGAUUGUUUCAAGGAAGAAAUGAUCUUGGUCACCUGAUCAAAAGCUUUAGAGUAUCAGAUAGGAUGAGGACAGGAAAGAGUGUUUUGUAUUUGGCAGCCAAGACGUCCUUAUUGAUCAUGACAAGAGCUGUUUCACUGUAAUGGAAGAAGCAGGAGCCAAAUCAGAGGGCGGGAGAUGAAGAAUAAAUAGGAAGAAAGGAAGUGGAGACUGGUUUUAAACAGGAACAGGAAAAAAAGUAAGGGUAGCUGGAUUAUGUUUUAGGGUUUAAAAAGGUGAUUUUAAUUUUAUUGUGGUAAAAAUAUAUAUAUAACAAAACAUUUGCCAAUUCAACAUUUUUACAUGUAUAAUUCAGUAACAUUAUCAUUUUUUACAAGCAUUAUCACUAUUCCCAAAGUAUCUCAUCAGCAUUAAAAGUUUUUUUUUUUAAACAUAGGAGCUACUCAGAGAGAGAGGAGUGAUUCAGUAGAGGAGACUGAUGAUGCAGGAGCAAUAAUUGAAAGAGGGGGAAUCCCCAGAACACAGAUGGAAGAAUCAAAAUAGUUUCUCCAGCCUAGACAUCUCCUUUGUGCUCUAGACUUACAUCCACAUGCUUACCUGAUACUUUGAUGUUUUACCAGUAUAUAACUUUCCAGGAAUUAACAUGUCUCAAAAUAAUCCCCCCCCCCGUUAAUUCUGUUUUCUACCCCAUCUCACAGUCCUUCCCCAUUUCAAUAAAAGAUGCCAUUAUCCAUCCACUUGCUUAAACCAACCCAUGCCCUACCCUCUAAUGUAUCCACAAGUUACAUCUUCAAAAUAUAUCCCAAAGCCUUCCACUUUUCUCCAUUUCUGUUAUCAUCAUUCUGGUCCAAGGCACCAUCAUCCUUUACCGGACUGCCACCAAAUCCUCAUGAAUUGGACUCCCUGCUUCCAUUCUUGACUCUCUCUGGUCUGUUCUCCAGGUAGCAGCUAGUGUGAUCACUUUAAAAUGUAAGUUUAGUCACUCCCAUGCUUGGAAAUCUUUCAGUUGUUUUCCAUUGCACUUGGAAUAAAAGCCAAACUCCUUAUUGAACCUAUAAGGCUCCACAUGCCUGACCCUUGCCUACUACCUCUCCACUUGCUAUCUUUUUCCCUCAGCACACUUAAAGUAUGCUGGUCUUUUUUUAGCUUCUCCAUGUACCAACUCUUUCCCACCUCAGACUUUUGCAUAGCUGUUUCCUCUUCUCUUCCUGUGGUUUGGCACAGGGCUAAUUUUUUUUUUUUUCCUUCGGGGACUCUUUCGCUGAUCACUUCUGUCCUCUUUUCACCAUCAUUCUCUGUCUCUGUAGCCCCUUUUUUUUCCUUUACUAGAUAGAGUUUGUAAUUAAUAGUUUGUUUCCUGUUAUUUGUUACUUCAUCUCACCUAGUAAGUUCUUCCAGGGCAGUGAUUGUCUUGUUUACUGUGGUUUCCUCAGUACCCGGCACAUAACAUCCAAUGUGUUGAAUAAAGAAAUGAAUUAUCAUUCUUUGCCAUAUUUUUUGUUUUAUUCUAUUUUACAGGCUACACAUAUGUAUCCUGUUUAACCCCUCACUAUUACAUGGUCUUGAUGGCUGGACCUUUGUCAUGUGUAUGUCUUAAUAAAUAUGUGUUGUAUGUACUCAAUAAAUAUAUGUUGACUGGAGUUAACUGAAAAAUAAUGAAUGUGUGGAAAUGGAUAAGUUAGAGAUAUCCUACAGUUAUAACUGCCAGUAUAAUAAGGGCUUUUUCAAUAUGAAAUUUAAGAUCAAAGGUAGAGUAAAAAUCAAAAAGCAUUUUAGAUAUAGACUCUAAAUUAUGAUUUACAUACAAUUUCUUCUGUAUUUUCCCCUACUCCUUGCGACUGCUGUAUGCCAUUAUAACUGCUUCCUUGUUUCAGUUUGCUUUUUCUGUUUUUGUUAUAGCCUUCAGGUCUAUAGAACUUUCUAGUUUGGAGGGGAAGGGGUAUAUUAUAAUGGUGCCUGAAGGUAAUAUCUGUGUUAUAGUGAUGAUUGAUGUCUGAUAACUAUUUUCUCUAACAGUUUUCCUCUUGCCUGAUUCUGCUGCAGUGUUUAGUGGUGAUCCUUCCCUUCUUAAAACUUACUCUUUCCUUGAUUUUUUGAGACCCCAUUCCUUGUUUUCCUCCCAAGCCUUGAGUUAAACUUUCUCAUUCUCCUUUGUGGUUUCCUUUUUCUCCUUCUGUCCCUUAAAUUUAUAUUUUAAGUAAUACAUUGUAAAAGUAAUAAAUUAUGGAUUAUUGCCUUGUUUCUUUAAGUAAAAUAGAGCAGAUCCCUAUAAUAAUUUUACUCUCAUAUAUGUUCUUCUAUGAUAUCUUGAGUAGGAAGAGAGAGGGUAGGAUUUUAGCUGGGUUGCAAGGUAUUUUGAAUUUCAGAUAAUAUCCUUGAGAUUAAUUAAUUAAUAUCAUCAGUUAUAUGUGUAAAGGUAGGAUCUCCAAAGACUCUGUCCUCAGCCCACUUCUAUUGCAACAUGAUCUUAGGCAGUUCUGCCUACUUCUAGGACUUCAAAAAAGCCCAAUUGAUAAGGACUCCCAAUUUUUUUAUUUCUAGCUCAAAUAUCUCUCGUGAGAGUGCUGACAUGUUGUGGGGUUGUUAACCAGUGUCACAGAACAAUGUGUGUACUAACUGGUGAGAAACUAGUUUGUUCUGUAAACCUUCAUCUAAAAGACAAAAAAAAAUAGGGGGAAAAAAUUAUCUCCGGAGCUGUAAGUGGAAAUGUUCAUUAACUGUCUUUUGAGUAUUUGUCAUAUUACUUAUGAACACCUCAAACUUAAUGCAUCCAAAAUUGAACCCUUAAAAAUUUGUUCAACCUGUGAGUGGCUUGCUGUCAUUCUGUUUUCCCCCACAAAUCACCAUUGGCCAAGUCUUGUCAAUUCUGUUUCUUAAGAGUUCUCAAAUGUCAGUUACCACUGUUCUGUCCAUAUAAUUUCUCACUUGGAUUUCUGCUGUAGGAUGUUGGUCAUCCUGCUUUCACUUUUCUACACUGCCUAUCAGAUUAUCUUUCUAAGGUAGCGAUUCUCUACUGCAGGAGCACGACAGAACUUCUUCAGGAGCUUUUUAGAAGAAAUUUGCAGGGUCCCAUCCCAGAAUUACUGAUAAAUAAUUUUUGAGAGAUUCUGUGAGAACUUUAUUUAGACAUAUAAUUUUCCACGAUCUGGCUCCUCAAAGUUCAUGAAUUAACUUUUUUCAAUUUCACGAUUAAGAAUUCCUUAAUAAGAGAUGAUUAUUUCUAGGCUUCAGGCUUUUGUUUUUCUCACACUGUGGUUAGCUAAAAUAAAAUAAGGAUACAUAUAAAAUAUUUGGCAUCUAAUGGGAGCAAAACUGACUUAAGUUGAAUGAAAAAAUGUCGAGCAUGCUGAAAUGGAUGAAUCUAGAGGCAUGCUACAGUUCCACACACAAGGUUAAUUCAAUGAACUCAAUGUUUAUUUCUGUACUCAAUUUAGAAGACAGAUUUUAUGCUAGAGAAUACAGGUACAUAUGUGCUAGAUGAAGUAAAGUUAUUUAGCUUAAUUCAGAGUAUCAGAAUUGCAAAGAACGUUAAAAAAAAAAAAAGAACAUUAGAAUUCUUAAAUAAGAAACCUAGAACUCUAAAAGAUUAAGUGACUUUGCUCAAAGUCUUGUAGCAUAUUUGCAAAAUCAGGACUGGAAUCGGGGGCUCUGAACUUCCAAUUCGGGGUUCUUAAUUUUCUCAGUUGUGAAAAAGUUGAUAUAUCUAAGACUAACACAGUCUUUUCAAAGCUUAAGGAGAGUUUCCAGUGGCCAGAUUCUUUGACAUUAAGAAAAUGAUAUGACUAGUGAAGGCAAAAAUUAUUCAUUCACUGCUUAAAUAACUUAAUGCUUCUUUACCUGGGCUUUAAAAUAUUUCAUGGAACUUUUGCUAAUUGAUUUUUAAACUUAUAAUGUACUUUAUUUCUUAAGCAUUAUGGACAUAAGAGUAGGCUACCCAGGGAAUAGAUCUGUAUGUGUUAUUAACAUCUGGAUAUGAAACAAAAUAUUCUCAAUAGUGUAUUCAAAAGCAGUUUCCUUUAGGAGCAUAUACCAUCUUCACUCCAUGAAUUGCCAUUUUUAGAUUUUUGUCUCAGUUUUCUCAUCUGCCCUAAAAUAUUAUUUUCUUUGUUAAAUUGAAUUAUGUUAGGGAAAGAAUAUUCAUACUUAAGUAGAGAGUGGUAAUGAUGAAUAAUUUAUCUUUUUCGGUUUGUUUUGAUUUUGAGGAAAAAGUCGAUAUUUUUGGAAUGUAAGUGACAGCAAUUGAAGAAAACAUUAUAUUUCCCCUGCAGUAUUCUGACCUUCGUUAUUCUAAAGAUUGAGUUAGCACCCCACUGAAGAGUGUGUGGGGAGAAGAUGGUUGAUUGAAAUUUUAUGCUAAGCUAGGAGUAUGAAGAUUGAGGAAGAUGUAACCUUUAUUCUUCAGUUCAUUCUACUUCCCUAGGCCUUAGCUCAUGUAAUGUUUGGUGCUUGGAGAGGAUGGGAAAAGUCCUGUAUCCCUACCACCUAUCUAAAGUUUAGGGGCUAGGAAAGGCUAUGCUGGGCCACACCAGGUCCUUUCUUAAGCAAAUGUACAUGUAUUCAAAGAAGAUCAUAUACUAGUCCAAAUGUAGGAAUUAGAAACAAAGACCAUGUUUUGAGGCAUGUGGUUUUAUUUCUUCAGCAUAAGUUUUUUUAAAUAAUUGGGUUUUACUUAAAAAAUAAACAAAGACUCAACAAAACAAUGGUCAUCAGCUGUAAUACCUUCUGAAAACUUAUUUUAAAACAAGAAGGAUAUUAUAUACAGAUUAACAUCACUGUUAUAUGGCGUAUGGAGAUGUGUGCAGAUCAUAGGAGACUGAAGAUGUACAUGGCAAGAAGGCUCAUCUAUAACCACCUUGUUUGAUAGUGUAUCUCUGAGAUAAAGUUGAAUUAAGGAAAAUAUUAUGGAUUGUUUUUCUUCGUAUUAUAUCUUCAAUAUAUUUUUCCCAUUGUGACAGUAUUGUCAGACCGAUCUACUGAUCUGUAUAGGUCAGUUCAUGGAAAACUAGCAAGGAUCAGUAAGACUGAGUGACUAUUCUUUUUAUUGAGAUUUAAUUCACCUACCGUAAAAUUCACCAUUUAAAGUAUACGAUUCAGUAGUUUUCAGUAUAUUCACAAGGCUGUGCAACUAUCAUCACUAAUUCCAGAACAUUUUCACCACCCCAAAAAGAAACCUCAUACCUGUUAGCAGUCCCUCCCCAUUCUUGUCUUUCUCCAGCACCUGGCAUCUACUAAUCUACUUUCUGUCUCUAUGGAUUUGUCUAUCCUGGACAUUUAAUAUACAUGGAAUCAUACAUGGUCUUCUUUGACUGGCUUUCACUUAGCAUAAUGUUUUUAAGGUUCAUCCAAGUUUUAGCAUGUAUCAGUACUUUAUUCCUUUUUAUGGCUGAAUAAUACUCCAUUUUAUGGCUAUAUCACAUUUUGUUUACCCAUUCAUCAGUUGGUGGGCAUUUGGGCUAUCUCUACUUUUUGGCUAUCAUGAAUAGCUGCUAUGAACAUUCAUGUAGAAGUUUUUGUGUGAACAUAUUUUCAGUUCUUAAGAAAACAGGAGAAAAUCUUUGAAACCUGGGAUCAGGCAAAGAUUCUUGACUACAACACCAAAAGUACAAUCUAGAAAAUAAAAAGUUGAUACAAAAUUAAGAACUCUUCUAAUUCUAAAGACAUUGUAUGGGAAUGAAAAUAUAAGCCAUAGAUUGGGAGAAAAUAUUUGCAAUAUGUAUCUAGUAAAGGACUUGAUUCCAGAAUAUAUAAACAACCCCCAAAACUCAAUAACUAAACAACCCAGUAAAAAAUGGGUAAAAGAUUUGAGUAGAUGCUUUCCCAAAGAAGAUUUCUGGAUGACAGAUAAGCAGAUAACACUGUUAGUUAUUAAGGAAAUGCAAAAAAACAACCAGUUGAGAUACUACUGCACACCAAUUUGAAUGGCUAAAAUAAAAAAAAAUUUUUUAACAAAUCGACAAUACCUAGUCAACAAGGGAUGUGAGUGACUGAAAAUCAUACAUUAAUUGGUAAGAACACAAAAUAAAUGGUACAGCCACUUUGGAAAUCCACUGGAAAACAGAUUGUUUCUAGAAAGUUAAACAUAUAUUACCAUAAACUCAGCAUUCGCCUUCCUAUAUAUUUGCUUAAUAAGUGAAGUGAAAACUUAGGUUUACACAAAACUUGUACACGCAUUUAAACAGUUGCUUAAAAUGUUUGAAAUUAUAUAGGUGAGUAAUUGGAAAGAAUGUUAAUUAAUUCAUUUGAAUGGUUUGAUUCCAUAGAAUGUUGGAAUUAAACGGACCUUAGAGUUAAUUUUGUCUAAGCCGUUUUUUCAUACAGAUAAGGAAAUUAGUCCCAUAGUGAGUAAUCACUUGUUUAAGUCACACUGUAAACUAGUAAUAGAGCUUGGACAAUGAAUUCAGCUUCCCUGUUUUCUAGGAUAUUAUUCUUUCCACUGUACCAUGCUGUCUGUCCCUGCAAAAGGGCUUUGUUGGAGAUAAAGUUGAAUUAAGGAAAAUAUUAUGGAUUUUUUUCUUCCAAUUAUAUCUUCAAUGUAUUUUUCCCAUUGUGACAGUAUUGUCAGACUGAUCUACUGAUCUAUAUAGGUCAGGGAUUUGGUCAAAGACUACUGCCACUUUUGAGAGUUGGUAUCCUAGAAAUUUUUUGAUAUGCAUAUGGUUUGGGUAUAUGUUUUUGAUCACUGUGUUUUAAUAUCCUCUAGUUUAAGCUAUGAAGAAGGACAUCCCUCACACUCUGAAGCAGAUCUCCUUCAGAGACAGACUUUUGCAGCCUCUCACCAGCUUCCUGGAUAUGCUACCACACCUCAGCCAACUGGUCUUUCUGGAAUAUUUGAAACAAAUGUGAACAGUGCCAUCACUAACACUAAAGAAUCUUCAGUGAUGAAUUUUCUCUCUGCUGUUGAAUCCCGAACUGCUCAGGCUGAUUCUUCAGGAACUACUCUUUUACCACAAUUCAGGGCUCCAUCCUGGCAGACAGGUAUGCAUUCCUCAGCAGCAACUGAGCUGUUUGUUACUGGACCUUUGCCAACCACUGGAACGCUUCCACCAUCUGCCCUCUCUGCUUACCAGCAUCCUACCACCUUUAGCAACAGAAACUUUGCUACCACCUCACCUUUGGUGCUUCAGGAUUCAACUUUUAACACUACAUCAAAUGGAAUUUUAAAUCCUCAUGAUCCUGUGCUACAAAUCAAGACUUCCCAGGGAACUGUUCCAACUGCUUUGGCAUUUGAGCGCCUGGGCAGUUCUGCGUUAAGUAACAGCAUACCACCUCAGUCUUCAACAUAUCGCUCAGCUCAAGAGUCUGCACCCCAUCUUUUACAACCUCAGUUUAGUUUGUUGCCUUCUGCACUUGGAGGAGCCCAGCAAACUCCUCAAGCCUACAAUCCAACUCUCUUUUCUAGCUCUACUGCAUCCAUUGAAAGAGCUCUUCUUCGAGAAUGUAGUGUUAUUAAACACCAUCAGCGGCCUUCAGGUACCCAGUCUAUUCAGGCACAACUGACUGGUUCGCAGCAUUCCUUACAUAGUUAUCUAUCAAAUGCAAGUGUAGUUAAUUUUCAGGAAACAACCAGACAGUCAUCUUUAUCCUGCAGCUCAGUUGGAGAUUCUACUCAGGUGAGCAAUGGAGGAUUGCAACAAAAGACCUCCCAGGUCUCAGUGGAACUUGCUGAGUCUUAUUCAUCUGCAAUUCCAUCACCAGGGUAUCCUCCUUCUACAAAAGUAAAAAACUGUUCUAUGAAACAACCACCAAGGUCAACUAAGACCCCCAAACCUCAAAGUGUAAUUCCGCCUUUGCAAACACUAAGCUAUUCCAAACCCUUACAUAACCAGAGUUCUGUAAUACCAGGACAAGCACAGAUUUAUUCUACAGCGCAGCUACCAAGCCUUUUAUCAGUUAGUCAGUCCCAAAAUUAUGGUUUAGUGCAACCACAUAAUGUGCCAUCUAUUGUUCAUUCACAGGUUUAUAGGUCUAGCAAGGUUGAGAAGUUGCCAUCCUUAUACAAGACAUUGACUUUUUCUGGGUCAUCUCAGACUAUAACUUCUGAAAAUCAGACACUUAGUUAUUCUCCUAAUGAGCAACAGGUAUUAUCUUCAGUUACAAGUGAGAAUUACCCUGCCCAAACAAGAGAUCUGUCUUCAGCUAGUCAGUCUCAAAGUUAUUCAUCUGGUCACUCUCAGAGUUUAUCACCAGUUAGCCAGUCACAGGUUAGCUAUUCAUCUCAAUCACAAGUUUUGUCAGUUAGUCCUUCAGAAAGCUAUGCUUCAGGGCAGUCCCUAACAUUAACAGCCCCUUCUCUUUCUUAUUCUUCUGCCUCUCGUUCUCAGAAUUUGCCAGCAUCUAGCCCAAACCAGAAUUACAUUUCUUUGCAUUCUUCCCAAAAUUCUCAGACCCAAGGGUCAUCAUCUCCCCAGUCCCAAAAGUAUUUGCCUGCUGUCCAGUCAACAUCUUUUGCAUCCUCUACUCAUUGUCAGACAUUACAGAAUAAUAUACCUUCCCCUGAUGCAAAGUCUUACUCGGAAAGAAAGCUUGACUCAAAUGUUUAUACAUCUUCAAAGGAAGAAAAUGAUUUUCCAAUGCAAGAGUUACAGGUAUUACAACCUCAAACAUCUCUUGAGUCAUCAACCCAAAGGCUGUCUGAUGGGGAAAUUAAUGCCCAAGAAUCAGCUUAUAAGGUAUCAAAGGCAGAUGACAGGUAUUCUCAGAGUGUAAUCAGAAGUAAUUCUCGUCUUGAAGAUCAAGUUGUUGGGAUUGGUCUACAAGCGUCAAAAAAAGAAGAAAGCAUGGGUGGAUCAGUGACACAACUUAGUCAGCAAAUUGGCCAGGUCAAUAAUACACCAACCCUGGAUAUUAAGAAGGCAACUAAUUUAAUGCAAGCUCCACAAAUAAGCUUGAAUACUAAAGACCUCAAUGAGCAACAUUCUCUUAUGCGUAAGGUCCCUGAAGCCAAGAUCCAGGAACAGCAUGAUCAAAUAAUUAAUGCUUCAUCGCAGAUCCAAAUUCCAAUUCAUGCUCUAGGGCAUGGCCAUCAGGUGUCUGUUCCUAAUACACAGGUCCUUUUAGACUCUGCUUGUGAUUUACAAAUUCUUCAACAGUCAUUACUGCAGGCAGGUUUAGGACAAGUAAAGGCAUCGUUACAAGUACAGCGUGUUCAAAGUCCUCAGCAAAUAGUACACCCUUUCCUUCAAAUGGAUGGUCAUAUUAUUCAGAGCAAUGGCGAUCAGCAGCAGCUCCAUCCUCAAAAUUCUGAAAUUAUGAAAAUGAACCUCUCUGAGUCUUCAAAACCAUUACAACAGCAUCUAACAACCAAGGACCAUUUUAAUGAAACAAAUCAACAUGAGUCCAAGAAUCAGUUUGUUUCUCUUGGAUCAAUAUGUUUCCCUGAGGCAAUGCUUCUCAGUGAUGAAAGAAAUAUCUUAUCAAAUGUAGAUGAUAUCUUAGCAGCUACAGCAGCAGCUUGUGGAGUUACACCUUCUGAGUUUUCCAGGUCAACUUCAAAUGAAAGUAUUCAGGCUGUUGAAGAAGGUGAUUCUAAAUCUCAUUUUCAGCAGACAUUAGAUGUCAGACAUGUGACUUCAGAUUUUAACUCUAUAACACCCACAGUGGGAAAGCCACAUAAUAUAAACGAAAUUUCUUUAAAUGGAUGUCAGAUUGCCAUCAAUCUUUCACCAGUACCUACCCUUCAGUCAAAAAUUAUCCUUGAUCAAAAGCACACUGAAACACGUGAUCAAAAUAUAGCAUCUAAAGUAACUUCAUCAGUGGUUGGACCAAGUCAUGAAGGCCAGGAGCAAAGUUCUGGCUCAGUCAAAAAACACUCUGCUACCAAUCAUGAAUCUGAAGAAAACAGUGAAGUUCCUGUUGAUAAUACAUUAAAUAAUAACAGAAACCAAGAAUUUGUUUCUAGUAGUAGAAGUAUAAGUGGAGAGAGUGCUACAUCAGAGAGUGAAUUUACCUUAGGGAGUGAUGACAGUAGUGUGUCAGGGAAUCCGACUAGGAGUGCAAUUGCACCGCUGGCUAUAGCCCAACCUGGGGAUGCAAUCAACGUCAAGAUUGAAGAAGAAAACCAAGAUUUAAUGCAUUUUAACCUUCAAAAGAAAAAAACUAAAGGAAAGGGGCAAAUUAAGGAAGAAGACAACAAUAAUCAGAAACAGCUGAAAAGACCUACCCACGGCAAACGCCAGAAUCCAAGGGGAACAGAUAUAUAUUUGCCAUAUACUCCUCCAUCCUCGGAAAGCUGCCAUGAUGGUUAUCAGCAUCAAGAAAAAAUGAGACAAAAGAUCAAAGAAGUAGAGGAAAAACAGCCAGAGGUCAAAACAGGAUUUAUUGCCUCUUUCUUAGAUUUUCUGAAAUCUGGGCCCAAGCAGCAGUUUUCUACUCUUGCUGUACGAAUGCCUAACAGGACUAGAAGACCGGGGACGCAGAUUGUUCGUACACUUUGUCCCCCACCUCUUCCAAAGACUUUAUCUACAACACCCGUGUCUUUAGUGUCUGAAACUGGGGUUAACAGUCCAUCAGAAAAAAUGGAUAAUGAACUUAAAAACUUGGAACAUUUAUCUUCAUUUUCUUCCGACGAAGAAGAUCCUGGAGUAUCCAGUCACGAUAUUUAUAAAAGUAUCUCUACUACCUUAACUGCUUUGGAUGCUACUUCUGAUAAAAAGAAGAAAACAGUUUCAGAAGCCCUACAGGUGGCAACUACUAGCCCAACUGCCAGUACCACUGGUACUGCUACUAAUUCUUCCACCACUGUGGGUGCUGACAAACAAGAACCUCUCUGCUCUACUUCAUCUACAGUAAAUAUUCCAGAAAAUAUAAACUCUGCAGAACCCCCAAAACACGUCGAACAUGACGGUCUUCCUUCAAACAAGUUUGCGAAAGGACAGGACACUGUUGCCAUAGAAGGUUGUACAGAUGAGGAGAACACAGAAAGUGGAGGAGAAGGCCAAUACAGAGAGCGUGAUGAAUUUGUGGUAAAGAUAGAAGACAUAGAGACUUUUAAGGAGGCUUUAAGAUCAGGAAAAGAACCCCCAGCUAUUUGGAAAGUACAAAAAGCUUUAUUACAGAAGUUUGUUCCUGAAAUUAGAGAUGGGCAAAGAGAAUUUGCUGCUACAAAUAGUUACCUUGGAUAUUUUGGAGAUGCAAAGAGUAAAUACAAAAGGAUAUAUGUGAAGUUCAUUGAAAACACAAACAAAAAGGAAUAUGUCAGAGUGUGUUCCAGAAAGCCCAGAAAUAAGCCAUCACAAACUAUCCGAACUGUUCAGGCUAAGCUGAGCAAUAGCAGUAAAACUUCUGAUCCUCCAACACUAAAAGCUACAACUACAAAAGCCCCUUCCAUGAAACCCAAAGUUAAACAGCUAAAAGUAAAGGCUGAACCACCACCAAAGAAACGGAAGAAAUGGAAAGAAGAAUUUUCAUCAUCCCAAUCUGACUCGUCUCCUGAAAUCCAUUCUAGUAGUAGUGAUGAUGAGGAAUUUGAUCCUCCAGCUCCCUUUGUCACUCGUUUUUUGAACACAAGAGCAAUGAAGGAAACCUUUAAGAGCUACAUGGAAUUGCUUGUUAGCAUUGCCUUGGACCCUGACACAAUGCAAGCCUUAGAGAAGAGCAAUGAUGAGCUACUUUUGCCUCAUAUGAAAAAAAUAGAUGGUAUGCUGAAUGAUAACCGAAAGAGGCUUCUUUUGAAUCUUCAUUUGGAUCAAUCAUUCAAGAAUGCUUUGGAAAGUUUUCCUGAACUGACAAUAAUUACUAGAGACUCUAAAGCAAAAACUGGGGGAUCUGCUAUUUCUAAAAUCAAAAUGAAUGGCAAAGCUUACAAUAAGAAAACUCUAAGGACUUCCAAAACAACCACUAAAUCUGCACAAGAGUUUGCUGUAGAUCCAGAGAAAAUACAGUUGUAUUCUUUGUAUCAUUCACUUCAUCAUUAUAAAUAUCAUGUUUAUCUGAUAUGUAAGGAUGAGAUUUCUUCUGUGCAGAAAAAAAAUGAAGAUUUAGGACAGGAAGAAAUUGUUCAACUUUGUAUGAAAAAUGUAAAAUGGGUGGAGGAUCUAUUUGAAAAAUUUGGAGAACUUUUGAAUCAUGUACAGCAGAAGUGUUCAUAAUCUUGCCACAGACUCCCAUCUCUCAUAGCACUAAUGAAAUGGCGGAGGCGGGCGGCAAAGACGGGGCUAGGUCCUCAGCUCAUGGAGCGUCAAGCAGUGAGCUCCUGUUGGCGUGCCUGCUUCCACCAUGGAAUUCACAUCGUGACCUCCGCUAAAGGACAGUGGUGCUGCCAAGGAAGUUAGUCCUUUGGAAAUGGACCUAAAUCCCACCACAAUUUUAUCCUAAUGAAUGAUUUUUCUAUUUUGUAAACCAUUGGGUAACUGAGUUUUAUUUUCAGAAAUGUUUUUUGACAAAUGAUGACGCAUGCACUAAAUAUAAUUUUUCUUUAUUGCUAAAGAGAUAACACUUGAUUUUUUUUUUUCCCUUAUUCUGGCCAAACACCAGAAUGAAAGAGAAGUGGCAGAAAGCAUAUAUUUGCAUUUAUGUCUGGCCGCAAAAUGGAAAGUAUUGUACAUUAUGUAAACAGAUCAGAUAUGAUGUGACAUUCUGUAUGAGAAUAUCACCAAUUUAAAAUAUAAAAUUCAGAAACGGCAUUCUGCUUUCCGGACUCCUUUUACUCUUAACAUGUUCAGGAAACUGGAUGUGGAAUUGGUGCAAUUCUAUGACUGCUUUUUGUGUCAAAUUAUAUUGUAAUGAAAACAAACAAUGACAUACUAUUUUUCCCUAUCUCAAAGAAAAGUAUUCUCCUUUAUACUGUGUUUUUUUUCUUUUGGAAAAUGUUUCAAUUGUACAUUUUAUCUCACUAAUAGGUGUAUUUUUCACAAGGAAAAUGUGGUUAUAAUUAUGUUUGAUAUAUCUGUAAUACACUUUUCAUUAUUUUCAGUAAAUCUUAUUUAGUUAUAUGUUGGAUUUCUGUUGUAAACUCUAUCUUGAGGUAACCAUUUUUGUUGGUACAGACUAGCUUCAGUGUUACCCACAAUAUGCAUUCAGUACUAAAAUUAGUUUAGCUUUAUAAAUGAGGUUGUGUUAGACACUGCAGUAACUUUUCUAAUUCAUGAAAAUAAAUUUCUUACGAACUAGCACUUGAUUAACUGAUUUGUUGAAGUAAAAAUCUAACCACGUUAUACAUUUUGAAAAAUAAGGUUGAUAAUUAGACUAUAUGCAGUGUAAAACAUAGCUUACCUAACUCUUAGAACUGGAAGUGGUAGAGCUCUCCUUUUGGUGCCUUUCCAACCUUGAUACACACUAUUGUAGCUUCCUUGAGUUCAGUAGUUAGCAAUUCAAGUAGUUUAGCUCAGACAGUGAAUGUAUUAGGUUCUACAUGACCUUGUUUUUAUUUGCAUUUGCCAACAGGAUGCCUUAUUUGUUUUGGAAAAAAAAAAAAGAUUUACUAGUGUCAUUCUAAACUCUGUCCUUUUUUUAGGAUUCUAAAGAAGUUGUUAAUCAUCAUACUUUUGUUUAUUUUACCACCAUUAGUGCCUUAAGUCCUAAAUGAAAGAAAGCAGUGUUACUGCUCAAUGCCCAGAUAAGACAUGUAUAUGUGGUUAUUGCUAUUGUCUUGAUGUUGAAUUAACAGUCAACUUCUUAUACUUAAAACCUCAGCAAACUAGCAAAGAGUUGAAGAUAACAUAUGACUUGAUUUGAGGAAAACAACAUUGUAACAUUGGGCGAAAAAUCAGUAUUUGGAUUUGAGUUAAGCUUACAUACUUAUUUCUGAUGGCUAUCUUGUUAAAAGCAAUAAUCCUUAAUACUCGUACCUGCUGUUAGACAAUAAGAUCCUCAAUAAUGGAAGUUUCUCUUGAGUUAAAAUGCUCCAUUUCUGAAAGAUUUUUUAAAACCUGCAUGGGCAGCUUAUUUUGAAAACAGAAGUAGCCUUUUAGAUUCAUUUUACCUGACUUACAUGAGAGAUGCACAAUAUCAGCAGUGGGAGCGUCAUAAAAUGAUUUUUGCUAAGUGGAGAAGAGUAGGAAGCAGCCAUAUUUCUUUCUGAGAGUACCGACUCUGGACAGAAUUGGUUUCUUACAUUUCCAAAGUGCAGAGUAGAGAACUACAUCUUCUAAGGUAGUAUUACAAGUCUAUGUCUACAUUACUCCCCUAGCUUACUUUCCUGAAUCAUAGGUGGUUUAAAUAUUUUUGAAAGCUGCCUUGCAUUUAGGUGACUGGAAGUAGAUGUUUGAAAUCACUAGCCACAUUUUCUUCAUGGUAAGCCCCUUGAAAAACAAAGAUAUUUCUUGUUUCCUAUAGAAAAUAACCUGUUUCUUUUUGAACCGCAGUUGCCCUCAAACUGUUUGCACUUGCAUUCAAUUUAGUAAAACAAGUGUUUUCAUAAAAUUGGAGGCUAAUUCUAUGAUACUGCCUCGAGGAGACCCUACUGUUCUGCUGCACUGUCUUCUCUCAUUUGGUCUGUAUUGCUUAGACAAAAAAACAUCAUUCUCAGGCCUUAGAGAAAAGGGAGACUAUUAUGACAACCAUACACAAGUCUUCUCUUUGUAUGAAGUUAAAUAAAUAGCUAGUUAGCAUUUACAUUUCUUGCCAUAGAGUUUGAAAUUUAUGAUAUAGAAAUACUUUAGGUUGUAGAUAGAGUUCAAGAGGUAAAGCACAUGUUGCCACAACCCAGGAAACAUUUUAAAGAAAGACUGGAUUUUCCUACAUACAGAGAUCUGAAAACAAUUUAAUGUAGAAAAUUAUUCUGUGUUGGUGCUCAUUUCUAGUUCAGAUUAGGGGUUAGAGAGGGGCCUUCCGUGUUUUCAUUUUCACUACAUCCCAGUUUCCAUUCAUCCGAUCCUCUAAUGAAGUCAUAAAUUUAUAAUGAUUCUGGUACACUAUCAAACAUGAAACAUUAGUAAGGUGGAAAAUCUUAUUUUAAAAUGUUUUAGGAAUUUUCCAGAAAUAACUUGAAAUUACUAAAACUCAAAAGAUGAAAUUACGUAGAUGGACUCAUGUAUUAGACCUGUUUUUCAAAGCUUUCCCCCAAAUUUUUAGUCUCAUUUUUCUUCUAAUGAACACUUAUUUUCUUUAAAGCAGCUAUAUUCCAACCUAUGACCUUUGAAAUAAUACCCAUAAAACCAGUAUAGCAGUAGUGUUUUUGAUCAGACUUCCCAAGAGUUGCUUCACAUGUGCAAGUUCUGAAUUUUAUUAUAUUUGUAGAAAACGUUUUGUUUUAAAUUAUAUUUCCACCUAUUUCUCAAAAAUGCUUUUCAAAUAGAGUAAAAUAUCCCAGGAAAACUGCUUCUGUGUCAGGGGCACUUGACACAUAACUGCACAAAUGAACAAUGUUCACUAUUGGUUGUGCAUUAUUUUACUUGUACAACUUCUGGCAUCUAUGUUCACAAUGCAUGUUUUCAAAAAUCACCUUUAUUUAUAAGUGACAAUAAUUGAAGAUAAGGAUACAAAGAAACCUUCUGCAUCUGUAGCCCAGAGUUUCAAGUGGUCCAUAAUGCAAUGUAUGGAAAUGUGAAAGACAAUUUUGUGUAUUUGUUUAUUACUAACUCAGAUCAUUAAAAUGAAAACAAUUUUUUAAACAACAAAAUCAAAAUGUUUGUU